AUGAUCAACGAUGCAGCAAGAUUAAAACUGAUGAAAUGGAUGGAAUGGCUGGAAUGGCUGGAAUGGAUGGAAUGGAUGGAAUGGAUGGAAUGGAUGGAAUGGAUGGAAUGGAUGGAAUGGAUGGAAUGGAUGGAAUGGAUGGAAUGGAUGGAAUGGAUGGAAUGGAUGGAAUGGAUGGAAUGGAUGGAAUGGAUGGAAUGGAUGGAAUGGAUGGAAUGGAUGGAAUGGAUGGAAUGGAUGGAAUGGAUGGAAUGGAUGGAAUGGAUGGAAUGGAUGGAAUGGAUGGAAUGGAUGGAAUGGAUGGAAUGGAUGGAAUGGAUGGAAUGGAUGGAAUGGAUCCCUCAAUACAACAGAAGCAGUAGCUGUAACGCCAACACCUGGAGAAGGCAAUAUAAUCUUAAUAAACAAUACAGGAAUGACAUGGAACCACUUCAGUUUCGGCACAGACCACAUAAAUAUGAAGAAAGAUAA